AUGGACUCCUCUGGGAGUAUCAACAGGAACUACGACCGACAACUGGAUUUUGCCGCUAACCUAACACAGAACUUUGACCUGGGACCUGACGAUGUCCGUUUUGGAGGUGUCAUUUUCUCGGACACAGCUGAGAAACUUUUUGAUUUGAAGGAUUACUCUGAUCAUGAGAACUUGUCACAAGCCAUAAAGAAAGCCAAGUAUAUGGGCAAAAUGACAAGUACCGACUUAGCCCUGACUAUGGUGGCACACGGGAUGUUUGAGAAGGUGAAUGGAGGACGAGACAACGCUCGGAAAAUAGUCAUCGUCAUGACAGACGGUGAAUCUACUUUCAGAGACAAAACCAAGACGGCCGCUGACAAGUUAAAGAAGCAGGGGGUCACCAUCAUAUCCAUCGGUAUCGCCGACGCUAAAGAACAAGAACUGAAAGACAUUGCGUCGGGACCUGAUGACGUGUUCCAAGUGGCGGGCUUCAGCGCUCUAGACAGAAUAGCCAACACCGUAGCCGACAGGACCUGUCAUGAUUCUACUCCAAGUAGGCCUACAGUGUAA